ACGUGUGUAUGUAUAUUAAAUAAUAUCGUAUAUUAUUUAUAAACGCGCGCGCGUCAACCGACGAUGCCGUCGCCGCCUGCGUUGCGUGCGCGCGCCAACUGAGUUGGAACGACGUCGACCGCCGCCGUCGAUAUCACCGCAACCACACACGACCGAGCGGCGAUAGCCGCCGCCGCCGCCAGUGCAUUGCCGUCCGCCGCCAGUACUUUGCCGUCCGCCGCCAGUACUUUGCCGUCCGCCGCAGUGCAGUUGUAAAAUGCCAUUGCGCCUGUUCGGUCGGCGUCGUCGGGAAUCCUACCGGAUCAUCAACAGCGCCGGCACGUUGUAGUGCCAGCCAGCGGUAAAAUGGCGGCGCUGUCGUCGACGACCACCACCACCAGCACCAAUGCCACAGCCGCGGAUAGCGCGCCUUUGACGGCAACCGCCGCUUCUUCGGCUGCCGCCGCGGCUUCUAUCGUCUGGCCGAACACCCGAGACAGUUACGAACUCCGCGAAGUCAUUGGCGUCGGUGCAACCGCUACUGUUCAUGGUGCUUUUUGCAAACCUCGUCAAGAAAAAUGUGCCAUCAAGAAAAUAAAUUUAGAAAAAUGGAAUACCAGCAUGGACGAAUUAACAAAAGAAAUACAAGCUAUGUCAUGGUGCCAGCAUGAAAAUGUUGUUACAUAUCAUACUAGUUUUGUAGUUGGUGAUGAAUUAUGGUUAGUAUUACGUUUGCUAGAAGGGGGAUCAUUACUCGACAUACUUAAACAUAAAAUGCGCACAAGUGAUUGUCGUCAUGGUGUUCUUGAUGAAGCUACUAUUGCAACUGUCCUAAGAGAAGUUUUGAAGGGCUUGGAAUAUUUCCAUUCUAAUAGUCAAAUUCAUAGAGAUAUAAAGGCUGGCAACAUUCUUCUGGGUGAAGAUGGAACAGUUCAAAUAGCUGAUUUUGGAGUGAGUGCAUGGUUAACGACUGGUUAUGAUACUAAUCGUCAGAAGGUUCGACACACAUUUGUUGGCACACCUUGCUGGAUGGCUCCGGAAGUCAUGGAACAGGUACACACGGACCACGGAUAUGACUUCAAAGCAGACAUUUGGUCAUUGGGAAUUACAGCCAUUGAGUUAGCUACUGGAACAGCACCAUAUCACAAGUAUCCACCAAUGAAGGUUCUUAUGUUGACACUUCAGAAUGAUCCACCUACAUUAGAUACUGGCGCUGAUCAAAAAGAUCAGUACAAAGCUUAUGGCAAAACUUUUCGAAAACUAAUUACCGAUUGUUUGCAGAAGGAUCCAACUAAAAGACCUACAGCUACUGAACUUCUCAAACAUCCAAUUUUUAAGAAAGCCAAAGAUAAAAAGUACCUUCAAUCAACUUUAAUUGCUAUUGGUCCUAGUUUAGAAACUAGAGUACAAAAGGCAUCAAAAAGACAACCCGGUACAUCUGGCAGAUUACAUAGAACAAUAACUGGGGAAUGGACAUGGUCAUCUGAAGAAGAAUGCGACGGACAGUCAUCAGAUGAUGAAUGUCAAGAAAAACCACUAAAUAAAUUACUUGAGGUCCCUCAAUCAUCUGAUAGUGAACAUGAAAGUGGUGAUGAACACUUAAAUCUUGUUCUACGAAUGAGAAACUCCAAUCGUGAACUUAAUGAUAUUCGAUUCGAGUUCUUAUUGGGAAAUGACACUCCUGAUGGUAUUUCUACUGAAUUAGUGGGAGCUGGAUUGGUAGAUGGCAGAGAUGCCGAUGUAAUAGCUAUGAAUUUACGUGUUCUGAUAGGUAAUCAAACUCGCGAUAGACCAGUUACUUUUGCUCUUGUAUCCGGCUGCAACAGUGAUGAAACACCUGAUGAGAAAAUGCUAGUUGGUUAUGCCCAACUGUCUUAUGCAGAUUGAAAUCAUAGUUACCAAAUGACUUAUAUUCAUCUGUUGUGCCACUAAAAAAUUUAACUCUGUAUGUCUUAAAUAAAAUUUU